AUGCCUCUGUCCAGCUCGUAUCUAGGCCAUCUACCCGGCACCAAGCGUACCAACGAAUCCGACCUCUUAUACUCCUCAGCAAGGCAAAGCACUCGAUCGUGGGGAUGUGAAGAUGGUAGCAAUGGAGGGUCAAAUGAGAUAGUCGGUCCCUCUGGCAUCCACUUCUUUCGUGCAGAGGAGCCCAUUCCCAUCCGAGUUCCAGACGCUCCCGAUUAUCAAGUCUCGUUUACUCACCCAAACAUUCCCGCCGGCUUCACUGCCGAUUUCGAACCUGUCGAACCGGACACGAUUACGCUCGAUGGGAGUAGCGACGAGGGCUCGCUCUUCAACGACGAGACGCCGUCUUCGCGUCGUAAAAAGGGUAAAGGAAAGGCGGCACGAGAACCGACGCCAGAGCCCAAGCCCACGACGGUGCUCACGCUCGUCUGCUGCUCUUGUCGAGAUCCGCUGAUGAUUGGGGGAGAGAGAAGGUUGUAUAGUCUUCGAUGUGGACACGUUCUUGACGAAAAGUGUCUGUGGAGAGUCGGCACCCCUGCAGAGGAUGACUCUAUGGGCGUUUCGACAGUCGAUUCUGCAGCGUUUCAGGCGGAACUCUCCAAGCGAAACGUACAGAUAAGAACGUCUAAAAAGCUCGCCGAUGCGACUUCGGUCACUGCCGAAAACGGGAGCGUUGUCUAUCAAGAGGACAAUGAUCCCGAACUCGCGCCCGUCGCUUCUAUAUCAUCUUCCUCCUCUCGUCGACCUGGUGGUGUCGUUCCUGCUCCCAAUCGUCGUAGUCGUCGUUUUAUCACUGCAGACGACAUUGACGAACAGCUUCCACCCAAUCUCACCUCUUCUGGACCCACGCUCGAUCUUUCAAACCCCAUGUUCCCUUGA